AUGAAGGCCAUCACCCUUCUCGGCUUGGCAUCUUUGCCAUCCGCUCUCGCCUUGAACAUCCCAUCCCAACAAGUCAUCUUGCCCGAACAGUCGCAAAAUGCGGUGAAAUCUGCUGCCCGCGAGACUUGUCCCCAGGCACAGAAGGUGUCUGUCCCGAAUGACGGUCUGCAUCCCGCAUCCAUCUUCUUAGAGGAUGCUGCUUUCCGCGCCCGUCAGGCGGACAGACUCUCGCGGGCCGUGCAGAUUCCCACGACAGUCGGGGACUUUGCUACGGAUCCGUACGACGAGGCCUUUGAGCCUGUUGUCAAGUUCCAAAAGUUGCUGCAGGACUUGUUCCCCCUGGUUCACUCCUUUGCCGAAGUCGACCACAUCAACCGCCUCGGUCUAGUCUUCACCUUCCAAGGCACAGACACCACCCGCAAACCAAUCCUCUUCAUGGCCCACCAAGACGUAGUCCCAAUCGACGACCCCUCCGACUGGACCCACCCACCAUUCGAGGGCUACUUCGACGGCGAAUGGAUCUGGGGCCGCGGCUCCAGCGACUGCAAGAACGUCCUAAUCGGCCUAAUGUCCACGCUGGAGGACCUUCUCUCCCAAAACUGGCAGCCCGAGCGCACAAUCCUCUUCGCAUUCGGCUACGACGAAGAAUCCCACGGCUGGCUGGGCGCCGGCUCCAUCGCCCCAGUCCUGGAAGAAAAAUACGGCAAGGACAGCUUCGAGUUCAUCCUCGACGAAGGCGGCAUGGGCCUCCAAAGCCUCGGCUCCGCAACAGACGCAGGCGAGGUCCUCUACGCCCUGCCCGGCGUCGGCGAGAAAGGCAGCCUGGACCUGGUCAUGGAACUCGCUGUCCCGGGCGGCCAUAGCUCCGUUCCCCCAGCUCACACCGGCAUCGGCAUCAUGGCCGAGAUCCUGUACGAGCUCGAGCGUCAGGAUCUGUUCACGGCUUGGCUGGACGAGUCGCACCCCUCUUUCGCCAUGUUGGCCUGCCAGGCGCGCUACUCGCCCGAGCACGUCGAGUCCUGGCUCUCGUCUAAGCUGGAAGCUGGCGAUGCGGCCGCGCUGGCUGAGUCCGUCGCGCAGUCCCGUGGCCCCGCAGUCCGGUAUACGCUCCAGACCUCGCAGGCUGCGGACUUGAUCCACGGCGGCGUCAAGACUAAUGCGUUGCCUGAGAAGAUCUCGGCUGUAGUCAAUUACCGUGUUGCGCUGCACCAGACGCCUGAUUUGGUUCGUGAGCGUGCUGUCCGCAUCAUUACCCCCAUUGCUGCGAAGCACAAUAUUUCGCUGUCGGUGGAUUUCCCCGGUGUGGCUACUAUGCCUGAUGUUGUUGCUGGUGAUCGUACGCUAUCUCUCUCGCCGCUCAGCGAUCCCUUGGAGCCGGCGCCGAUUUCGCCGACUGAUCCGCUCACCUCGGAGACUUGGGCGCGGUUCGCUGGUGUGGCGCGGAGUGUCUUUGAGUCUCACCCUAAUCCUCUUCUGAAGUCUGAGGGUAAGGGGUCCAACCCGACUGUUGUUGUCAGUGGUGAUAUUAUGACUGGAAAUACCGAUACGCGCUUCUACUGGUCUCUUUCGGAGAAUAUCUACCGUUGGAGUCCGUCGCGUGCGGGUGGUUCGGCAAAUAUUCAUACUGUUGAUGAGCGGAUGCAUUUGGAUGCCCAUUUGGAGGGCAUCAUGCUUUACUACGAUCUGAUUCGCUCAUUCGAUGGAUGGGUCGAUGGCUCGGAGUAA